AUGGAUACUUGGCUUGGCUUCAGCCCAGGCUUGCACUUAACUCUGUGUACCUGGCUUCUGAUCUCCGCUCAUACCCAGCUAAAUGCAAAGGCGGAGAUAUCUUGCUCCUCGUGCCAGUCGCCGGUCCAGCUACACCUGGAUGAAUUACAGCUGGAUACCGGUAUGCACGCGGCUACUGGUAGGAGGCAGGCGGCCAAAGCACUGGAACGGGUCCGGCUGGAGUACCAGCUACUCGGAGUUACUGACCAACAUACUGGAGUACCAAGCGAAACCCAACAGGCAGGUGUUCCCGUGGAUGAGCCGAGAUUCACUGAUGAUGGAGUUACCGCAAAAGUCGCUCUGGAAGAUUCAACCCGGUUUAGUGAAAACGAAGAAACGUAUGGUGGUGAAUAUAUUAUUGGGGUGAAUGAUUUAGGUAAAGUCAAGGAUGGUGCUGGGGAUGUUGCGUUACGGAGAGUGAAGCGAAGCGGUCCCGAUCGCCCCGAGUUUAGGGAGAGCCUUAGGACAGGUGGACCCGGUUUGGAAGGAGAGACCUCGGAUGAGAGAAGGAGUCCUGGUCCGUUACUGGACGGACACAGACUGGGCCGAUCUGAAUUCAAGUGGAACAGGGACGAGGGUCGAGGGACUUCCAGAGGAGAAGAUCCCAAACUAAGCAGCACUACUUUCGCCUUGACCGGGGACUCCGCGCAUAACCACGCAGUGGUUUACUGGUCGGGGCAAAACAGCAGCGUAAGUGAAGAUUAUUCACCAUUUGGCAUGUGUAUUUGUGUUUCACCAAAUAAACCAUUGUAUAUUAUGAAGCACUACGUUUCGUCAAGGACUGUAAAGGCUUAUUAUAUUCGAACUGUGUUGCGCACGGAAAACUCGCUUGUUUUAGCGAGUUGUUUGUCCACUGUAACAGGUGCACUGGUUCAGUUGCGCACAGCAGGGCACUAUAUCCUAAAUAGGUUUCAGCACCUCCAGAAGCAUUCGGGGCCAAGUUGGACUGGUAUUGCAAUUGAGCACGGAGAGAUGCUUGCUUGGUGCAGACUCCGUGCCCGUGCCAUACCGAUAGCAGCAUUGCUUCACAUAGUGGUUGAAAAACACUCCAUAUACUUGCGCGUCUGACAGGUGAAUUCACCUAUUAGUUUGAGUUUAUUUAUAUGUAAUGAAUACGACUGAAAUAAAUUAUAAUGUUAACGUGUACUGUAUUUUGCAAUAGAUAUGUUUGGUUAUAGAUCGUUUAUACGUCGCUUUGGAUCCGAUAUUUUUUUGGUUUGGGCAGAUUUGUAAAUAUUUUUGACGGGGUUAUAAAUUCUUUGAACUCUUUACUUUUAAUAAUGAAAUUUCCCAUGGAAUGAAAGCGAGCCCAUUGUUCUUGUCGCUUCUACGUUCACAAUUCCUUUACAAAAGCUAUAGAUUUAAUAGGCCGAGUUUAAUAAUUAUAUUCUAUGCCUAUGAAUUAUGUGCACUUUAUAUGCAUAUUUAUCAUUUAUAUGGAUUUUUAAUAAAUUCAUCUGCAAACUAUCAUCAUGCCAGAGUACAUUCUAUUCAGAAUAAUGCAUCGCUCCCCAAAUUAGUAAUCAGUGCACUUGUUACCUGCACUUACACAGACACUCCAAAGGGUGGCAGACUAUCAUUAUGCUUCCUAAUAGCAGCAUCUGCAGUGGGGUAUUAUUGUAGGGAUACAGAGCCUGAGAUUAUGGUAUCUAAUGGAAUCAGAGACAAUGAAAUCAUCCAGGGAAGGACCCCAGUGAAGCCUGAACUUCCCUAGCAAACAUUCACAGCACUUAGAACACUGUUCUUAAUGCGCCUUGGCCUAUAUGUGUGGUCCUCUGUAGCUCAGCUGGUAGAGCACGGCGCUUGUAACGCCAAGGUAGUGGGUUCGAUCCCCGGGACCACCCAUACACAAAAAUGUAUGCAUGCAUGACUGUAAGUCGCUUAGGAUAAAAGCGUCUGCUAAAUGGCAUAUUAUUAUUAUUAUUAUUAUAUGAUCAAUACCUGUGGUGAUGGUCAAUUAUACAAUUACAUUGAUUGGCAGGCUAUGAGCCUGUAAUAGCAGCCUUACAACUGCACAGAGGAGAAUUGCUAUGUCAUAUCUGAUUUUGGCCCAUAAAUGUUGCAUGUUGUUCUGCCACCAAAAUCUGUCAGUCUACAUAAGGGCAUUCAUAAGUGAUGCAUUCUACAACCUGUCUCAUCCUCUGUGAGUGAAGACAGCUUGUACUUUAACUGAGGUCACUAUGGAUCAUGUUGGUCAUGUUGAUGCUCGGACAUCUCCUUGUUCUGGCUAAUACUUCAGGCUACUAAUAAAUAAAUGGCUGUUAUGACAGUAGCAGCCAGAACAUUUCAUCCCAAUUUUAUUCUGAAAUGGCUAGAAUACUGAAAUUAUUUCAUCCCCCCUAAAAUCGGAUAGAGGCCUUCAUCUGAAACAGAAUAAUAAGGCAAAGUGAAUAAAAGUCAUUUCCACAACCAUGCCGACUCAGAGCAGAGAAAGCCACUGGGCUUUUUUAAAUAUAAUUCUUACAUGUUUCAUUUGGUGUUGUGGCUGCCUCUUAUUCCUUGAUUUCAUUUGGAUGAAAAAAAGGAAUCCCUCAGUUUCAGUCUGUCUGAAAUUAUUAUGACACGCUGCAUGAACUUGUUUUUUAACCCGCAGUGAUGACUGCGGCGGUUUGGGGAAGUUUGUGUGUGUGUGUGUGUGAGUGUGUCUGUGUGUGUGUGUGUGUGUGUGUGUGUGUGUGUGUGCGGACUCUCUGUGUGUGUGUGUGUGUGUUUGUAUGCGCUCGGCUCUGUGUGCGUGAGACAGUUUUUCUGGGUGUAUUGUAUACCCCAGCCAGCCCAACUCCCUGCCUCCGUUUCCCCCUAGCUGUACAUUUAAUAAUUAUCUUGAAGACGGAAACAGGCAUCCAUUUUGAAAUAUUUUCUUAUUGCCAGGUGAGGGGGACUGACUGCCUACUCAAGCAUGUUUUCUCCAGUUCUUUCACACUAGUACUGGACUACUUUAUCUUCAUAGGGCUUUAGUUCCUGAUUGUAUGGGUGAUGAAUUAAGCCCUCAAGGACGGACUGAUGGAGCCUGAAGUCCUCUAACUCUAACUUAACCACAGCAGUUGGGGUGUAUGUGUGUGUGUGUGUGCGUGUUUGUGUGUGUGUGUGGUGGGGAUGGGUGGCUGAACAAGUCUACUCUGGCCUCACCCAUGCAGUCACUCACUUGUCGUUGUGUCACCACACUCCCUUUCCCUCUUUUCCCUUUUUCUUCUACCCAGAAUGCUCUGCUUGUGCUGCCUGAGCUGUGUUGUGCCCUGUGCCACUACUCCUCUAGGAUGACCUGGGUGGUAGUGGUGUUAUGGUGUGUUCUGUUCCCCAAGGCAGGUUGUGUCCUCUGA